AUGUUCUGGAGAACACGACUCUUGGCCCUCGAAUCCAAAGCAGACGUUAUUUCAAGAACCACCAAGGAAUCGAACAUGUAUAUUCCCAUAAUAGUUGUUGUGUUUUUGGCCGUCGUCUCUGCAGAGUUGUGUUCAUACAGAGAGAACCAAUAUAGGAUCAACUUGGACCUUUCAUUGACUCUGAAGGAAAAAACAUGGCUACUUGCAGUUGAGGGAGGAAUGGCUCCAUAUUCCUCAUUGGACCAAUCAACCGGACAUGCCGUUGGAUUUAUAUACGAACUUGUAUACGAGGCCUGUACUAGGUGUAACAUGAAAUGCAAAACGGUUUUUACUGGAAAUGAUACAAAAAUGUGUUGGGACCCAAUUGGGCCACCUCCACUUGAAUCUAAAGGUUUGUUCAAUAAUUAUUACGAUGGUUGUAUCGGCUGGGCUCCUACUCCAUUACGUGAAAAUGUGCUGGCAUUUUCCGCGCCCUUCCUAGAGGCAAAGAAAGGUAGAUUCUACACACGUACUUCAUCCAACAUCAAAAGCCUCACUGACAUAGUUCCUGGAAAGAAAGUUGGUUUUAGAUUUGGACAUUACUUGGACGUGUUCUGUGGAAGGACUAUACUGGAGAACCUCGACGUAGAGCUUGCCCUUGAAGAUACUCGUAACUAUAUUUCUCCAGAAUACACUGAACUAUUGCAACACCUAAAGGUCGAUAAAAAGGUGGACGUCGCUUUCCUUCCAGAGGGUUUAGAGGGCACUGAGGACUUGCUAGUUCUAGGCGGUGUCCAUAACUGCACGACUUCUGGCUUGGGAAUUAUGCACAGGAAAGAUGUGGACUUCUCAUGGUUUGGAAAAUGCUUAGCUGAAGUAGAAAGAGUUGGACGAUAUAAAGCAUUAUGCACACAUUACAAUACAACCCGUUGCUUAGACCUGUAAAAUAACCGCCACGAGAAUUAUGCUGGUUUGACAUCACUGUACAUGUUAAUCAUGGAGACUCAAACCUUGGAAUCGUAUACAGAAAUGGAAUCCGAAAGGAAAAGUUCUAAAAUCUAUCCAUCAUAGACAUUAGCUCUAAAAUAAUUAAUUAUUCCUGUCAUAAUCACAUUGGAUAAUCUGUAAGCCAAGAGAGCUAAUAAAAUGAUAUCAUAUAUUUUUCUAAGUAGGAGUAUGUUAAUUGC